AUGAAGCAAACCUCUGAGUGGGUGGUGAAGACGGUGGGGCUGAGGGAGGUCUGGUUCUUCGGCCUCCAGUACACAGACAGCAAAGGAUACGUCACCUGGCUCAAGCUCAACAAGAAGGUGACCCAGCAGGACGUGAAGAAGGAAAAUCCUCUGCAGUUCAAGUUCAGAGCCAAGUUCUUCCCCGAGGACGUUUCUGAAGAGCUCAUCCAGGAGAUCACACAGAAGCUCUUCUUCCUGCAGGUGAAAGAGGCCAUUCUGAACGACGAGAACUACUGUCCCCCGGAGACGGCCGUGCUGCUGGCGUCCUACGCCGUCCAGGCCAAGUACGGCGACCACAACAAAGACGUCCACAAGCCGGGAUACCUGGCAUCCGACCGGCUGCUCCCACAGAGAGUUCUGGAGCAGCACAAGCUAACGAAGGAGCAGUGGGAGGACAGAAUACAAACCUGGCACGAGGAGCACAGAAGCAUGCUCAGGGAGGACGCCAUGAUGGAGUACCUGAAGAUCGCUCAGGACCUGGAGAUGUACGGCGUCAACUACUUUGAAAUCAAGAACAAGAAGGGCACGGAGCUGUGGCUGGGGGUGGACGCCUUAGGGCUCAACAUUUACGAACACGAAGACAAGUUGUCACCAAAGAUCGGCUUCCCCUGGAGCGAGAUCAGAAACAUUUCCUUCAACGACAAGAAGUUCGUCAUCAAGCCCAUCGACAAAAAGGCUCCAGACUUUGUGUUUUACGCCCCUCGGUUGCGGAUCAACAAGCGCAUCCUGGCGCUGUGCAUGGGAAACCACGAGCUGUACAUGAGGAGGAGGAAGCCCGACACCAUCGAGGUGCAGCAGAUGAAGGCCCAGGCCCGAGAGGAGAAGCACCACAAGCAGAUGGAGAGAGCACAGCUGGAGAACGAGAAGAAGAAGCGGGAGCACGCGGAGAAAGAGAAGGAGCGGAUAGAGCGGGAGAAGGACGAGCUGAUCGAGAGGCUGCGGCAGAUCGAGGAGCAGACCCACAGAGCCCAGAAAGAGCUAGAGGAGCAGACCCGGAAGGCCCUGGAGCUGGAGCAGGAGAGGAAGCGGGCAAAGGAAGAGGCGGAGCGGCUGGAGAAGGAGAGGCAGGCGGCCGAAGAGGCCAAGGCCACCCUCGCCCAGCAGGCCGCCGACCAGAUGAAGACCCAGGAACAGCUGGCUGCGGAGCUGGCAGAGUUCACGGCCAAAAUCGCUCUGCUUGAGGAGGCAAAGAGGAAAAAAGAGGACGAAGCUACAGAGUGGCAGCACAAAGCCCUGUCGGCGCAGGAGGACCUGGAUAGGACGCGGGAGGAGCUGAAGUCGGCCACGACCUCGCCGGCGGCGCCGGAGCCGGACGAGCCGGACGAGAGCAUGGCGGAGGCCAGCGCCGAGCUGCUGAGCGCCGGGGUCAGCAGCCAGCGCAGCGAGGAGGAGCGGCUCACCGAGGCCCAGAAGAACGACAGGGUCAAGAAGCAGCUGCAGGCCCUGAGCUCGGAGCUGGCGGAGGCCCGUGACGACAGCAAGAAGACGGCGAACGACCUGCUGCACGCCGAGAACGUGAAGGCGGGCCGCGACAAGUACAAGACGCUGCGGCAGAUCCGGCAGGGCAACACCAAGCAGCGCAUCGACGAGUUCGAGUCCAUGUGA